AGGGCGUCUAUGUGACAUGUACAGCGCCUCCGACUUGGUUCUUGUUCACAACAUCCCCAAGUCAUCUCUUGCAACGCAGUAAAUUGUCUGGAUAUCUUGAUUUCUAAUAAGGUUAAAACAGCAACAGCUCUAAUCAGCUUUGAACCUACUCUCCCUUCCCUUUCACGCUUACAACUUGGGCUUGUAGCUCGACUGCUAUGGCACUCGAUCAAUUCUCAGUACUACCAUGAACCCCACUGAUUUGACAAACAAGCACCUCCAUCUUUCCUACAUUGCUAUUGUCGGUUUGUAGGCUGAGGAAAUUCCCAAAUCCGGACGUGACAAUAAGACCUGACGAACAUCAAAGCCCAGAUGACGCUUCUUGCUUUGCAGGACAAUUGUAACUUUGACUUCCUUAAUCACGACGGCCGCAUCUGUUGGUAUGGCAUCCAUACUGUCAAACAACUCUUUUGUCGACCCGUCAGCCGCUGGUUUCUCCAUUGCUUAGACAGUACUGGUCCGUACCACUUAUGGCGAUCUUAGAGAACUUUGGUUCUCAGGGACAAUGCAUACAUAAAAGAAUGCUUGGGCCCGCCAGAGCAGAUUCCCGAUCUUAAACUUCGGUCCACCAUACUACGGUCUCCUGUCGCUGGCUUCGACAUAAUCCCCUCUUAGAUGUCUUCUAAUUACUUCCUUGAGGCUUGGAGUUGUAGACGCAAAUACUCAGAUGCUGGCACGUUUAUCCGGGAGAAGCGGGCUUAUUACAAGCAAUCCGAUCGACCUGUAUCAAUUCGAUCUUUACCUUCACAUGAAAGUGACGAGUUCGAUUUGAUACUUGACUUCCUUCUACAAUGUGCAGACGCUGUCGACAGAAACCUCCCGCGAUUCUACACCCUUCUUUCAGAGCAGGAUAAUGAACAUCUCAUUGAGAUUAUCGAGAUUGCAAGGCGGCAAUACAGAUUGUUGCACACGUCACACGAUUCUUCAGGUUACAUCCUCUCCUUAACCGAGGUUCGGGAAUGCUGCGCGGUGCUAAUAAAUGCUCGGAUUAUCGGCUUGUCUUUGGAUCAUUGGUCCCGCACCGAUGAAGCUUCUCGGUUAUCUCGAGAAUUGGCUGAAGCGGAAGCCGCUUUGCAGUCAUCUGAGGGUAGAUGGUUGACAGAGCAUUGUACGCCUGUCACCUCGAAGGACGAUUUGAAGGUGGCCAUCGACUGCAUUCACGAACGAGCUAUGAAGGUUGAAGAUGCUCGUCGUCUAUCGCCGCUGCCAGUAUUUGUCUCCACCACUAGCUCAACACACCACGAAAAUCUUCCUGCUGUAUCUGACUUCACCUGGCUUUCGUUUCCUGAAGGUUCGGGCUUGGCCCCGGAGACUUUCGCCUUUUCUUCCCGCAUUCAUGAUACUACUCCUGGGAAAGGUGUUCACGAAAAUCAGUUAACCCCUUCACGCUCAACUCCUGCCCACGAAAUGUCACUUUCCGUUUCACGCAAAAGAUGUCGCGAUGCCUCCGACCAUGAUACGGGAACCACGCGGACGCCCUUCGCUAGUCCUGAAUGGGACAGCGAUGAUACGAUCUGCACUCCUCCCAAGCCAAAACGAGCGAAGUCCAGUCACUCUCCUCGUGCUGAAGUGGACCAUUUUCAGGAACUGCUGGAAGUGGCACUUGGAGCAGACACUGAAGUUGUGGCCUCCGGCACGGAGGAAGUUGAUCCUCGACCCGAACUCGAACGGGCAGACUUGGGAGUCUCUGAGGAUGACUUCACUACCUCUUCGGACGAGAGUGAUAUGGAGGAUGAACAGAACAAUGACGAGGCUAUGUCCUCUUCAGAUCGCACGGACUUGGGUUCUUCGACGCGGGAACCCUCCCGGAAGUGGGAAAAUAUGCCACGACUUGCACAAUGGUUGCAAGUCAUACGUGAUCUCUUUCCAAUCAAUCUUCUUUUAACCUCUUAUGCUCGCAUAUAAUGCUAAUAACACACUACAUUACUAGAUCUCUCGUAUGUUUAUGCACGAUUCCGUUAUGCUCUCCAUAUGUCGUAAUUCAAGCAAGCACUCACAUUCACACCGUUUGUAGUAUAAAUAGGCAACUACCAGCGCUCCAAUUGACAUGCUUCACUCUGCUAUUUCAAUCACAC